GCCACCAUACCUUUUCUGGUAAGACAGCCCCAUGUCAUGGUGCUGCUAAGCACUGUUAAGCACUUCGUGUUCAUCGCUCGACCCCGGGCCAAUCGAAUCGAAUCUUCUAACUCCAGAGGCUUAGCGGGAAAAUGCAAAGAGGUACCUACAUGUACGGUAAGCGUUUUAGUGGUAACCCCCGUUAGCGUGAGCCCAUCAUCUCGUCUUUUCGUAUUCACUUUAUCCUUACCUUAUCCUUCCUUUCGUCCCAAAUCCUUUCCCACCCUCUCGUUUCUCCUCGAUGAAUUGACAAAACCUCAUUUUUCCCUCAUCGUUAAACCUGUCGUUCGCUUUAAUAUACGCCCCCCUCAACUAACUCACCACAACAUUCGCUUGGUUUUGAGUAAUAAUUCCCCUCCUCUCCCGAUCACCGUCCGAAUACGCUUGUUAAGGGAAUCCGAAUUUGUUGCGUUUUUGUACCGUUUUCCCCAGCAUCCACACCACCUCGUAUCAACAACGGGAGGAAAAUAGGGGCGAUCGAAGUAACCGAAGCGGCAGCGGCGACAACGCGAGCAACUAAUUUUCUCGUUCACGUUCACGAUCAAUUUUGAAAGAGAGGAAAUAAUAGAAGUCAUCAUUGGAUUUCCGAGUGUUUAUUUAUUUGUGGCGUUUUUUAUUUAUUUAUAAUUAUUCCCUGCACCACAUCGGAUUUAAUCGGCUUGUUAAACGUCACCCUCCCUUCUAUCGGGCAGUCCAUCGUUUUGAAUCAAGAUGAAGGGUGCACAGAGUCUUAGUCAAUUUUUGACCCUCGCCCUCGCUUUAACCCCUCUAACGUCGGCAUGGCCUGGUUGGCUUCCUGAUGUAGACACGCUUGUAGUUCGACAAGACGACUCGUCGCCCGAUGCCUCGGCUACACCCACAGAAACUUCUGCACCUGCCGACAAAGAGAGCUCUGUGCCGCCGACGAAAACGACGGACGACAGCAAGGCUACCAAAGCACCCGAAUCAGACAAACCCCAGACUACAAACCUUAACACUGCUUCGGCGAACCCCCAUAGCAAUAGCACCGCCAAGCCCACGCAUAAGACGUACGAUGCUAUGGACCCAGCCGGCGGCGUCGCCAUGAUCACGCCGGCCACCACGGCGGGAACGACGCUUUACAGGAUCGGGGACCCGACGCCGAUCACCUGGGUCUGGAACUACACCUCGCUGCAGGGCACGCCCACAGCCAUCGACGUGCUGGUCUCGUGCUCCACGGCCUCCCAGACCUGGACCCUGACGCAGAACAUGACGUUCGAGCCGACGGCCACCUUCACCUGGGACACGGAGAAGUACUCGGAGAGCGCGGUGGCCAGCCCUUUGUUAGUUGCGCAGUACACCCUGCUGAUCCACGACUCGGACUCUUCCGUCGACGCGACCGCCGAAGCCGGCUACCUCGCCCCCUUCGACGGCUUCCAGUUCGGCCUGUACACGGCCCGGCCGUACGAGGAUCUCGGCGAAUGGAAGUGCGCGACCUGCAGCGGCGCGCUGGGAGACGUCGACCGCCAGGCUAUCGGUUUCGCGAUAACCAUGAGCAUCAUCACCGUUCUUAGUUUCACGUGGUACGUGACGGGAAUUGCUGCGUUGCUGUAGUCAGUUCCGGUUAGUUUUACAGUUGCUAUUACUACUACUACUACUAAUGCCACGGUCUACUGCUCAUGAGGAUGCAGUAAAAUGGAGAAAGAGAAAGAGAGACAUGGGUAAAUUUCUGACUGCAUAUAUUUCGGAAAAUACGAGACAGGAUCUUAAUGAAGAGAGGAAGAGAAAGAAGAAGAGAUAGAGAGAGGGAGAGAAAGAGAGCAAAGUUUUUCAAGCACGGCAAAUCCAUCCGUCUAAUCUAUCUGGGGUUUUUUAAAGUUAAGGAUACAAACCAUCAUCAUGCAGUGGCGUUUUUUGUUAAUAAUGAAUUGAGGAGAACUCUUUCCGGCACGGAUUUCAAAAAAUGGCGAAAGAUCUAUUUACUUAUUUACCUACAUUCUAUUUACAUAGAACAUCUUACGGCAUCGGAACUAUGUAGCUCUUAAUGACAACACACACACACACACACACACACACA